AUGGGCGAACCGCUCUGGAUGGCAGCACAGAGGCUGUCGCCCCCUCGUAAGGGUGGCGUCCUCGACCUAGCUCAGCAUUCGCCUCACCAUCAUGACGUCGAUCCCGGCUCCCCGAAGCAUAUCUCGAUCCUGUCCAACAAGAGCGGCUCGCCCCAACUCGCGCCGGGAUCCCUUGGCGGUGUGGAACCGCAGCCGCCAGCGUCGAGGCCAACGAGGACUCUGGAUGCGACAGCAGCCCCCUUCAAAAUUAAGCCGGGCGCGCUUAGGCUGCCCGAGGCAGAGGCGAUGCCUCCCCCGGCGCUGGCCAUGUCCGCUGCUGUCCCUGCCCCUGUCACUGGCCCUGGCCCCGGCUCUGUCCCUGGCCCUCGAGGUCCAUCACGUCGCGAUCGCGAUGGUGGGCGACGCCGUGAAGACAGACGUCCGAGGGGCGACGUGGACGAGCGAUCGGAGAUGAGCAGCGAGGGCAACCAGCGCCACUCGCAUCGCCACCAGCAUCACAAUCACAAUCACAGUCACAAUCACCCACACCAGCACCAUCACCACCAUCACCACCAGCAUCCUCUGCUGCAGCAACAGCAGCAACAGCACCAGCAACAGCACCAGCAGCCCAAUCCUCGCGGUGGCCCUGAUCCCUUUUCGAGGUCUUCGCGUCAGCGUAGGGCUGACGAGCGAGAGGGUGACCACCAUCGGUCGGGCGGGCGACUCGACAACGACAGCGCUCGGCCAACCCAGGGUGGCAAGCUCUUUGAUCCCAGACGCGACGACCCGGUCAAAUUUGCAGCCAUGAAGAAGCUCAGCAGCAACCAGGGCCUGAGCACCGCGUCUGCAUCCAAUUCAGUCAUCUCGGCCUCAGAUUCGAGGUCUCACACUUCGACCGAGCCGACUGCCCAGUCCAGCUCGGCCGCCUCAAGUGAAGGGCGGAGGAGACGGAGAGGGCCGGGUUCACGGGCCAACACGAACGAUUCGGGCGAUAAGGGCAGAAGCGGCGGUGGCAAGGGCCAAGGCAAGAGCGCAACGGCGGCGGCCACGGCGUCCGACACCAACGCAUAUGUCCUGGAUCUGAAGCGAAGCUACGGCGAGAUCAAGAAGCUGGAGCAGAAGCUGCAGGAGGAACAUCGCCAGGCAAGCGACAAGCUCAAAGUCGGCGGGGGCAGUGGCGGUGGCGGUGCCAGUGGCAGCGGUAGUGGCGGCGGAGGUGAUCUCAAAGGGGAAGCCGUAUCUACGUUGCCGUCGUCAUCAUCCAAAAGGCAGCUCGUGGGCAUCCUGGGCUCAGCCUCCACGCCUGGCUUUACAAGCAAGGGCGAACUAGACCACAGCUACUGGCUCCAGCUUGCUGCUCAGCAUCGCCAGCUCGCCGAGCUCCAUGCCGCAUUUAUGGACAUGGCCCUCCGCCCUGGCCUUCCUAGCUCCCUCCACGCCCUUCCCGAGCAGUACAACAUUCCCAUCCGGCUCUGGCAGACGGGCUUCCACCUCUUUCUCGAGCGUGCACGCCAGUCCAUGCCCAGCCACCACGAGGAAUCGCCCGAGAGCAGACGGACGCGCGCCGAGCUGCUCGAGCACCUCACCGACUUUGUCUACUUUGCCUACAGCUACUACACCCAUCUGCUCGAAAACGAAAAGUACAAGACGUUCAAGAGCCAGUGGGUCGAGAAUCUGGGAGAUCUGGCGCGGUCUCGCAUGGCCGUUGCUGGUCUGCAGGCAAAGCUGAAUGCCGAGGUGGGGCUCGGGUCGCCGACGCCUACACAGGAAAAGAGGCUCUCGUCGUCACUCUUGCUGCCGCCAGCAGCGACAGACAAGGAAGAUGAUGGCACAAAGUCACCAGUGGGCGACGACGCGGCCGACGAUGCUUCGGCCGGUGUCGUCGAGGGAAAGGCCAAGGGGCCAACCAAGGCUGCGCAGCAGCAACGAGCAAGCAUAGGCAAGGCAGCUCUCGACGAUUGGGAUCUCGAAGAGCGCGAAACGUGGCGAACGACGGCACGAGACUGGUACGCACGAGGCCUGGCCGAGCUCCCGGGCACUGGUAGGCUCCACCACCAUCUGGGUGUGUUGAGUCGGCCCGACGACCUGCGGGUGCUCCAUCAUUUUUGCAAGGCGAUGACGUCGUCGAAUCCCUACUCGGGCGCGCGCGAGUCGAUGCUGCCCCUCUUUGAGCGAGAAAGCCAGGCCAAGAGGGUGCAGCCCGACGCCGGCUUGAUCGACCUCUUUGUCCACCUCCACGGCAUGCUCUUUACCAAGAUCCAGCUCGACGACUUUGAGCACGUCUUUUUGCGGUUCAAGGAACGGCUCGAGUCGACGACGUCGCCAUGGUCUGACGACGAUAUUGGCCAGGCGACUUGGAUGAUGAUGGCUACUAUCAACAUCUCGGCAUUGCUAAACUACAGCUCCUCUUCGUCGCACUUGUCCCCUCCUUCGCACGACUCCAGCAGAAAAGGUUUCCAGGAGGGUGAAGGCAAGAGUGCGAGCACGAAAGGCCAAAAGAGAAAAGAAGGAGAGGCUGCGCGUCUUGGUGACGAUGACAACAAUGAUGGAGAUAAAGGGGAUAAAGAGGAGACGGAGGCAGAUGAGGGACAUCAAGGGAAAGAUGACGAUGACGAAGAAGAGGAAGACGACGAUGAGGAGCCUGAGAGAGACGACGGCGAGGAUGAGGUCGGCGCGGAGGAGACUCCUGUGGAAGAAUUCGUCGAGCCGCCCGUCACUCUGCAGUACGCCAUCCGACUGACCUUUGACAUCUUCUCGACGCUCAUUCGCACUGCGCUCGAUGAAUUUCGAGCGGCGAGCAGCUCGCCUGCCAGUUGGCACCUGAACCCCUAUGUGACCAUGGUCCUCACCUUCUUUUGCCACGAGGCCAAGCAGUCGACGACGCUUCGCAGCAUCGAGGAGUACGUUCCCUGGACGGACAUCAUUGCUCUGGGCAAUUCGAUGCCCACGGGACGCACCAUUGACCCUCGCAAGGAUGUGGCGACCAAGAUUCGGGGCGAUGCUGUGCCGCUGCCCGAAGACUGGUGCCUGCGAGGAAUGGCGUGGGUGAGCAGGCGGGUGUACGAGCACGGCUUCUGGAAGUCUCGAAGCGAUCGAAACGGCCUCGGGCUCGUUUUUGAGAGCGAGGUGGAUGUCCUACAGCGAAUGACGGAGGCCACCAUCGACGACGUCUUCGAUGUCGAGGCGGCCACCGACGAUGACGAGGAUGGCGACAGUCAGGGCUUGACGGACGACCAAGGGCGUCGCGAGCCUUCGACAUUGGGAGCGCUUGGAAGAGAGGUCAAGGCGAGGCCCAAUCUGCUGGACCUUCGCUGGAAGCGAGUGGCAUACGCCAUUACGAUCCUGGCAAAGACGAUCCCAGGCUUGGACUACGACGCCGAUGCAAACGAGGGCAACGGUGCGCUCGUUCUUUCAUCGCCGCUCGCAGACAAGGUGGAGGCAUGGUUCCUGGAGAAAGAGGCAGACGAAGCCAGGAUACGCGUGGAGAAGCUAAAGGUCAUGACCCGCGAGGAUGAGGGAGACGAGGAAGAAGGGGAGACCUCGCUGAGUGAGGAAGAUGAUGAGGAAGAGGAAAACGACGACGACUCGGACGAGAUCAAGGAACUCAAGAGACGCCGUCGUGAGCUGCGCCGACUGCUCCGAGAUGGUAGAUCAUUUGUGGUGUCGUCUCCUCCGGCUCAAAAGAAGUCGACCCAUGGCAAGACGCAAAAGAAGCCAAAGAGCAAACGUGGCAAGCUCGACAUAGUGCCCGGCUAUACGAUCCUGCUCCUCGACACCAAUGCCAUGCUGACGGCGACAAGCGUGCUGGAGAAGCUCGUUGAGUCAGGCAAGUGGACUAGCGUCGUUCCUCUGGCGGCCCUGACCGAGCUCGAAGGGCUCAAGAACCGGCCAGCGCCCAUUGGCGAACGUGCAAAGGCGGCAAUCGAGUACAUGGAGCGCAACAUCAGGGUCAAGUCCAAGUGGCUCAAGGUGCAGACAAGCCGUGGAAAUUAUCUCCCCGACUUGCGUUUCCGGACCGAGGAUAUCGACUUUGCCUACGGUAUGCACCAGGACGACAACGACGACGAGGAGACCAGGGUGGCUCGGAGCAUCGACGAGGUCAUCCUCGGAUGCCUCGCUUGGCAGGAGAGCCAUUUUGUCGAUCGGCUCAAUCUCAUGGCAGAACAGCCGGAAAGAGAACGGAGCAAGGUCAAGCCAACGACAGCCAAGGCUGUCCUGGUCACUCUGGAUCGCAAUCUCAGGCUCAAGGCGCGCUUUCGUGGCCUCGUCGCAAUCGGUCCCAGCGAGCUCGUUGACGUCCUCGUCGCUGGCAAGGGCUGA